AUUCCAGUCGAAGAGAAGUUCUUUCCAGUCUUAACUUUUGUGGAAGACGCAUCGUGUGCGCUGAAAAAUGUCUCAUCGCAAGUUCUCUGCCCCUCGCCAUGGAUCCAUGGCAUUCUACCCCAAGAAGCGCUCCCAGCGUCACCGUGGUAAGGUCAAGGCCUUCCCCAAGGAUGAUCCAUCCAAGCCAGUUCAUAUGACGUGCUUCAUUAGCUACAAAGCCGGAAUGACGCACAUUGUCCGGGAAGCUGAUCGUCCCGGAUCAAAGAUCAAUAAGAAAGAAGUGGUGGAGGCUGUCACUAUCCUGGAGACUCCGCCAGUUAUGGUUGUUGGAGCUGUCGGCUACAUCGAGACUCCAUUCGGAAUGCGUGCUCUGGCCACGGUCUGGGCUCAGCAUUUGUCCGAAGAGUGCCGUCGUCGCUUCUACAAGAACUGGUACAAGAGCAAGAAGAAGGCAUUCACCAAGUCCUCCAGGAAGUGGGCUGAUGAUCUCGGCAAGAAGACCAUUGAGAACAACUUCAAGAAAAUGGUUCGUUACUGCAAAGUCAUCCGUGUCAUCGUUCACUCUCAGAUCAAGUUGAUCAAGCAGCGUCAGAAGAAGGCGCACAUCAUGGAGAUUCAGCUGAAUGGAGGAACUGUGGAGGAUAAAGUGAAGUGGGUGAAGGAGCGCCUGGAGAAGCCGGUGCCCGUGAGUGAGGUGUUUGCCCAGGAUGAGAUGAUUGAUUGCAUUGGAGUGACCAAGGGCAAGGGAUUCAAGGGAGUUACGAGCCGUUGGCAUACCAAGAAGUUGCCCAGGAAGACUCACAAGGGUCUCCGGAAGGUGGCUUGUAUUGGAGCUUGGCAUCCUAGCCGAGUGUCCUUCACGGUUGCCAGAGCUGGUCAGAAGGGUUACCAUCAUCGUACGGAGAUCAACAAGAAGAUCUACCGUAUCGGAGCUGGAAUCCAUACCAAGGAUGGCAAGUUGGUCAAGAACAAUGCUUCCACGGAAUAUGAUCUGACGGAUAAGUCCAUCACGCCAAUGGGAGGAUUCCCGCAUUACGGAGAAGUCAACAAUGAUUUUGUCAUGAUCAAGGGAUGCUGCAUUGGACCCAAGAAGCGCAUCAUCACGCUGAGGAAGUCUCUGCUGGUGCAUUCCAAGAGAUCGGCUCUUGAGAAGAUCAGCCUCAAGUUUAUCGACACCUCCAGCAAGAUGGGUCAUGGACGCUUCCAGACUACAGCCGACAAGGCUGCCUUCAUGGGUCCACUCAAGAAGGAUCGCAUCCGGGAGGAGAAACUGCUGGCUGCUGCCUCAAAGACAGCUUAAGUUUACACUGGGAAUUGUGUAUUCUUUGCUAAUAAAGCAGAAGUUCAGGAAAA